AACUUGAAGCCUGAAGAUUUUGUGCAUGAGUGGCUUACCAUGGAUGCCAUGCGUGCCACUUAUGGUAUUACAAUUCAACCUGUCAACAGUGAGGAAUUUUGGGAGACAUCAGAUGCUCUUAGGCCAGUGGCACCUGCCAUCAAGAGACCUCCUGGUCGUCCUAGGAAGAGAAGAACUACUGAUCCUGUGUCUGAGAGCCAACUAACAGGGAACAAGGUAAAAAAGGCCUUCGAGGUGACAUGCAGCAAGUGCGAGAAAAAGGGUCACUAUUACAAGACAUGUAAGGGAUCUCCAAGGGAUCCCAAUUGGCAGCCAAAGAAGAAGAAGGCAAGAAAUGCAAAGGGUGAUAACCAAGCUAUUGUUAUACCUAAAUCUGGUGCUGCUCCCUCUGCGGUCAUAGAUCCUAUCGCUAAAGCAAGAAAGCAUAAGAAGAAGAUACCAAGAAAUGUUACUCCAGUGACCCUUCAACAGGCAGGAGUAGAAAUUCCAGUGUCACAAUCUGCUCCUACGAAUGAGGUAAUAGUAGUGAUCAAUAUAACAUUGUGGCUGAAAUUUUAGUGUACCAAAAAGAAAUCUAAUUUUCAUGAUUGUUGGUCAAAAAAGCAGGCUCAAGACAUCAAUGGACAAACUGGUGAAAAUGGUGAUGGAUCACUUGCACCAAACUCAGCUGUACCUAGUCCAACUGCCCUAGGCCCAACCACAACUGCAACCAACCAUGUCUUGCAAAAUAUGGUGAAUGGUCCACAAAUUCCUGCACCCUUCCGGAAGAAACAGCCAAUUCGUAAGCCAUUGACAUCUCAGGUUCAUGGGCCGUUACUUCCACCCACUAUGCCCACAAACCAAGCCCCACCAAUCCAAUCAAGGAUGGCUACAAGAUCAACUACAUCCAUUGGCAUUUCUCUCGAGACACAGGCAGCAACUAGUGCUGGCACGGCAGCUAGGUUGUUCCAAUUCAUCCCAACACCAGGACUCAAACAAGGAAUCAAGGCACCAAGCUUCGGAGCACCACUAAGCAUUAAAGAAUUUGGCUCCA